GGGUCUGCUGGUGGACUCACAGAAUUGAAAAGAGUGUCAAAUAUUGUAAAAGAAGAAAAUUGGCCAUCAACGGUUACCAACCUAGUCCAGCACAGCAGAAGAGGCAACGAGAGACGUGUGUGUAUCCAGAGUACGGGACAGAGUAGUUUCCCAUUAAAAACAAAAAAGUACCAGGGAAUAGCAAUUGGGUGUAAGAAACGGCCACGCUGUAUUAAAAAAAAAAUAUAGGGAGUAGUUCGAAGGUUUGAGAAGAGGAAGGGAAAAUAAUAAAUCUGGGGCUGUUCUGGGAGGGGAAGAGGACGAGCAAAAUGACACUGGGGAAGCAGAAGCAGAAGCAGAACCAGACCCAGAGCCUGAGCCAUAAUCCACAGGCGUACGGAGAUGCAGCAUAUUGGGACAGGCGCUAUAGGCAGGACAAUGGGGCUUUCGACUGGUACCAACAAUUCUCCGGCCUCGCCCCCCUUCUCCAUCUCUAUCUUCCCCACACUCAUCGCAUUCUCAUGGUUGGCUGCGGGAAUGCAGUGCUUUCAGAAGACAUGGUUAAUGAUGGCUACAAGGAAAUCGUAAACAUUGAUAUUUCCUCUGUUGUUAUUGAGGCUAUGCAGAAAAAGUACCAGGAUUAUCCCCAGCUAAAAUAUGCAACAAUGGAUGUCAGAGAUAUGUCAGCCUUUGGAAGUAGUUCUUUUGAUUCUGUUAUUGAUAAAGGAAUGUUAGAUUCCCUCAUGUGUGGAUCUAAUGCUCAACAAAGUGCUAGGAAAAUGCUUGAGGAGGUUCGCAGGGUUUUGAAGCCAGGAGGUGUAUAUAUUCUGAUUACCUAUGGUGGUCCUCAUGUCCGAAUUCCACAUCUGAAAUCACCAUUGUGGAAGAUAAUUCUUCAUGUUGUAGCUAAACCAGGGUCUCGAAGAGCAUUGGAAACUACAUCCUUGGCAGUAACCGAACCUGUUCCAGUGGAUGAUGAUGGAAGCCUUGGUCCAGAUUUUGACACUGAGGACCCCGAUUUGCAUUAUGUUUAUGUUUGCAUUGUGGGCCCAACUAAGGACAUCAGAGCUCCAGAAGGAGAAGAUGAAUAGAAAGCAUGAUAUUCAAAGCUUCCUUUAAGAAUUGUAUAUAAACGCAGAAUAAAAAAGAGACUAAUGCAGUCAGUUCCGUUGCGUGACAAUAAAUCAUCCAACUUUGGCUCUUGCUGUGGCAAAAUUUAUGGACUGCUCUCUUGGAGAACGAUAUUUGAGCUUGGUAUAAAGUUUUCCAUGCCCAAGAAUGUAAGAACUGUAUUAUCAUGUAAAGAGUGACCAGCUAGAAUGUAUAAUCUUUACUUGUUGCUUAUUCCAAGCUAAAUCUUGCAUGUUGAUUUAGGGGGCCACAUUAUCCUCCAGUUUCUAGGUUUAUGCAUAAAUUGGCAAAUCAUUGGAAUGCUUGACCUCAUGUUAUUUAUCUCUUGGAGUUUGUUGUGCAAGCAUUAGAAUCAUGCUUGUUAUAUUUUAUCAUGCUUUUCCGGAGUUUGCUGCA